AUGAUUAUUACAUGUGAUGAUCAUGAUGGUAUUGAAAUAUUGAAGUCUGAGUUGGCACAUUCUUUUGCUAUGAAAAUUUUUGGCAUGCUACGUUAUUUUUUGGGAAUUGAGGUAUUCUAUUCUCCUAAAGGUUAUCUCUUAUCUCAAUCAAAGUAUAUUGCUGAUUUAUUUGAGCGCACUCAACUAACCGACAAUCGAACUAUUGAUACACCCCUUGAGACCAAUGUUAGAUAUUCUUCGUCUGAUGGAACUCCUUUAGAGGAUUCUAGUCUUUAUCGUACCAUUGUUGGCAGCUUGGUAUAUCUUAUUGUAACUCGCCCAGACAUUCCACAUACAAUUCAUGUGGUUAGUCAGUUUGUCACUGCCCCUACUAUAGUUCAUUGGUCUGCUGUUCUUCGUAUUCUCAGGUAUCUUUGGGGCACUCAAUUUUACAAUCUCAUGUUUCCUUUCAAAUAUUCAUUAGAGUUGCACGCCUACUCUGAUGCAGAUUGGGCUGGUGAUCCUACGAACCGCAAGUCAACCACUAGAUAUUUUAUUUUCCUCGAUGAUUCGCUUAUUUCGUGGAAGAGCAAGAAACAAGAUGUCAUCUCUCGGUCUUCUACAGAAGUUGGGUAUCGUGUCAUGACCUCAACUACCUGUGAAAUUAUUUGGUUACGUCGAUUACUUGCUGAUAUGGGUAUUUAA